AUUUAACCAAUAGCACAAUACAGUUCGUGCAGUCAAGCAUCAAUCUUGUCUGCAUCAUGGUUGUCGAGACGACGUUAGCUACCGUACAAGCUGCGCAGUUAGCGUUUAGCGUAAUAACGGGAUUAUCGCUGACUGCAUUCAGAAUGCCCACUGAUUAUCAAGCAGCAGCUAAUUCACAGUACGGAUACAUCGUAGUCGGAGGUGGAACAGCUGGUAGUGUGAUUGCUAACCGAUUGUCUGAAGAUGCAGGAUGUUCAGUACUCUUGAUUGAAGCGGGAGGUGAUCCACCCUUAGAAACUCAGCUUGCUUCACUGAAAUACAGCACAGUAUCACGAUAUAUAGACGGUAUAAAUCUUCCUGCUGGCAAAGUUCUUGGAGGCAGUAGUUCUCUUCACCAUUUCUACCAUGUUCGAGGUGUUUCUAAUGACUAUGAGUCUUGGGCUAACGCAUCUCAAGAUGAGUCGUGGAAUUGGGAUGGCCUUUUACCUUAUUUCAUUAAGAGUGAAACGCUUGAAGAUCCUUUAAUCAAUAGUACGGAAUACGGCCAAUGUCAUGGUUCCGAUGGCCCCACAAAAUUAACAAGGGAAUUGAAUGAUGCGACCUUAAGAUAUUUACAAGCUUUUGAGGAAAUCGGCAAAAACAUCGAGGAAGAUAUCAACAUCGGUUCCUCAUACGGCUUUUCUCAGCCCAUGUUUACUAUUUCUAAUAGUAUCCGUCAGAGCAGCGCUGAGAGCUAUCUUUCUCCCAUAAAAGAACAAUCAAACUUGCAUGUUAUGAAAAAUACGGAAGUCAUCAAAAUCCUUUUCGAUGAUGACAACAAUGCGAUUGGUGUCGAAGCUGUAACAUCUGCAGGCGAAACAAUUAAACUUUAUGCAAAUAACGAAGUAAUUGUAUCAGCAGGUACUUUUAACACACCAAAACUACUGAUGCUUUCUGGUAUUGGGCCUAAAGAUACCCUCGAGAGCUUAGAUAUCGACGUUAUAUCUGAUUUGCCUGUUGGUCAGAACUUGCAGGAUCAUAUGGCAGUCGUUGUAGCUCACCAGAUGGAGGAAACUGAUACAGUAGCAGCAGCCGCAGAUCCUGGAAAAUUCCCAGUUCCCACUUUUGUUGGAUACUCUGCAGUAGAUAGUACCCAAACGUACCCAGACUAUAUCAGUCUCAAUUUGAUUUGCAAAAAUAUACCUUCUAUUGUAGCACAGCUCUGUUCCGUAGUUAUUCCUUUAAAGAAAGAGGUUUGUGAAGAGAUCAUAGCAGCUGCAACCGAAAGAGAACUUCUAUUUUCAGUUCUCACUAAGUCACGACCGUGGUCCGUUGGUACUGUAUCUAUUAAUAGUACGAGUUAUCUUGCUGCUCCAGUCAUUGAGACCGGCUAUUUAACUGAUGAACGUGAUUUGGAAGAAAAUGCUGCGUACCUGGAGGACUUCGUGCAAGUGGCGAAAUCCAGUGUUUUCCAGGGAGUUGGAGCGACCACAGUAAGUGUAACACUGCCAAGCUGUGCCAACCUCACUGUGGGUAGCACGGAUUAUUGGAAAUGUUACGCUCAGUCCAUGAUGAGUACGACAUAUCAUUAUUGUUGCACGGCGCCUAUGGGUACUGUGCUAGAUUCAAAGUUAUUGGUGAAGGGAGUUCAAAAAUUAAGAGUUGUUGACGCCAGUGCCAUGCCUCAAAUUACGAGUGGAAAUAUUAACGCGCCCAUUUUAGCUCUGGCUGAAAAAGCUGCUGAUUUGAUAAAAGAUGCUAAUACAUGCAGCAGUAAAUAGUAACUGUACUACUGCGUCAUGUUUACAACAAACUAUAAAUAUAUAUACCAAUUGUUAUUCAGCUGAAUAUGGAUUCGCAAUAAACAAAGUAUAAAAUGA